AUGUCUCCUCUAAACAUCUCCAUCAUUGGGGCUGGCCCAGCCGGGUGUAUGCUUGGACGGAUUUUAUCAUUGUCCAAUAUCCCUUUCACAGUUUAUGAAAGCGAUGAGAGUCCAAACUAUCGUUCUCAAGGAGGCUCGUUAGAUUUACACCCGGGCACGGGCCUUGCGGCGAUGAAUGACGCUCAAUUAUGGGAUGAAUUCUUAAAACACGGCCGAUUCGACGGCGACUAUAUGAUGAUGGCCGACAAAGAACUUAAGCCAUUCAUACAGUUCGGUCCUGGCAAUAAGCUCAGCGAGCGGCCUGAAAUUGACCGUGCUGAGCUACGCCGGAUCUUAGCGGAAUCACUCCCGGAGGGAAGCAUCAAAUGGGGUCAUCGUCUAAGACGUGUCGAAGAAGGGAACAAUUUGGUCUUUGACCAUACAACAGUAUCCGGUUCCGAUCUCGUAAUUGGGUGCGAGGGAGGCUGGAGUAAGGUCCGAAGUUACGUUUCGCCGACGGUGAAACCACACUAUACCGGGGUUGGAUAUCAUGGUCUCCGGAUACCAGAUGCGGCAAACACCGCGCCAGAUCUCUAUAAAGUUGUCAAUCGCGGGAGCCUGUUUGCUAGCUCGAAUGGGCAGAGGUUGGGGGUACAGCAGCUCGGCACCGGUAGCCUGAGUGUCGCCUGGUGUUCGCGUCGUCCCGAAAAUUGGACGCAGACCUGCGGAUAUAACCCUCAUAAUGUCGAUCAAGUUAAGAAAGCAAUCCUCGAGGAAAUGCACGACUGGAGCCCACAGCUGCGGGAAGCGAUCGAAAAGGUCCAAGAAGGCAUAUGCGAAGCGAAGAAUCUAUACAUGCUUCCGGUUGGCUGGCGCUGGGAGCACCGCCGCGGCGCAACAUUCAUUGGCGAUGCCGCACAUUUGAUGACCCCGUUUGCUGGCGAAGGAGUGAACGCUGCGUUUGAUGAUGCGCGAAAACUCGCCGCCGCAAUCAUCAGGGCAAUCCAAGCGGGCGGCGGGCUAGAUGAGGUCGAUAAGGAAAUACAAACGGCCGAGGAGGAUAUGUUUAAGCGUAUGGAAAUAUACCAACGACAGACGGACGAGGUUACGAAGCUGUGGUUUUUCAGCGAGGAAAAUAUGAGGGAUGUUGUACCUAAAGUGAUGGUAGAGCACGCCAAGGCAAAGACGCCGACAGCCUUCCAUCCUUUAGCCUGGGGACUCAUUAAUUCAUAUUGGUUCUUCAAGAAUUGGUUCUUAAGCUGA